GCCGCUUCCUGUAGCGCCGGCCCUCGGCCGCCAGGGGUCGCUGCCGCGUCCCGGUGGCCGCGCUCUUAACCUUCUGACGCAGCGGGACGCUCUUUGGUUUGACGGCCUCUUUCCGGAUGUUUGGCUGCUGGGAUCGGGAGGCAAGAAUGGCCGCGAUGUUUACGUGUUGCUUGGGUUGCUGCGGAGAGGGCGGCUCGGGGCAUAUCCCGCUGAAGGAGAUGCCCACCGUCCAGUUGGACACUCAUCACAUGGGCACAGACGUUGUUAUUGUAAAGAGCGGCCGGAGGAUAUGUGGGACCGGGGGCUGCCUCGCCAAUGCUCCUUUGCACCAGAACAAAAGCUACUUUGAGUUUAAGAUCCAGUCCAGCGGUGUGUGGGGAGUUGGAGUGGCCACCCAGAAGGUGAAUCUGAACCAAGUGCCUUUGGGCAGGGACACAAACAGCCUGGUGCUGCGGCAUGAUGGGUCGGUGUACCACAACAACGAGGAGAAGAAUCGUCUGCCUGCCAACAGCCUUCCUCAGGAGGGCGACAUCGUGGGCAUCACGUACGACCACGUGGAGAUGAACCUGUAUCUUAACGGGAAGAACAUGCACUGUCCUGCCUCAGGGAUCCGGGGCACAGUAUACCCGGUAGUUUAUGUGGACGACAGCGCCAUCCUGGACUGCCAGUUCAGCGACUUCUAUCACACCGCUCCACAAGGGUUCGAGAAGAUCCUCUUUGAGCAGCAGAUCUUCUAACCGAGCCUCUCCCUCGGCGUCGCCGGCCGUCCUCUGAAACCUGCAGCUCCGUCUGUGACACUACAGUUUGACUUUGAUUGGGGUAUUACUUUGAUGUGUAGUUUGAGCGCAUCUCACGCCAUUGCUGUCGUUUACCUUGUCCUUAUUUUUUUUUAUUUUUUUUUUUUUUGCUGCUUCGGAUUAUUAUAUCUUAAAGAAGUGGGGGGGUGUCUGAUUGUUACUCUGCUGUUUUGGGCAGCUACAGUCUGUGCAGAUGGAAAACUAAAACCUUCGCCGUGGUAAUUUACCCGUGUAAACUGAACGACUUUCACUCGCUGCUUACUGCCACCGUGUGUAGUUACCGGACACUUGUUGUAAGAGUAAAACGUUCCCGGCUCGAGGAUCAGAAGCCAUGUUUUAAAUCGCUUUUGUUUUUCUUAUCUCUGUCCCCUUUUUUUUAACCUCCUAAAUUCUCUACUGACAUCUGAAAAUGCAUCACAUAUAUUUAUUUGUAUUUAUUUUACUUUCAUAUCAAAACGAUGUCUUUUCUUCGAGCGUCACAAAACGCGCAGUAUUUAGCCGCAGGGGAGGAGGGAUUCGUUCGUUUGUGGCGUAGGGGCAUCUUCGUACCACGUUGUUGUUUGAGUUUUAGCCGGGACGGCGACGUUUUAAGAGAACAAAAACAAAAAACGACUGACACGCUAGUAAAAGCGGUUCACAUUCCAGGUGACGUCCAGCGUCUGGUCGUCUGUUGGUGCUGGAGAUCGAUUCACGGAGAGAAAGGAUGUACUUGGACGACUAUUCAAAUCACUUUUCUGGAUAAUCCUCGUCUCUCCCAAGCCUAUAGAAUCCGUCUAUUCAAAGAGAAUAUUGCUAGAGCCGGUGCUGGCUGUCUCUCGAUUAGAGACGCACCCACAAAACAUGUCCAUCCGUAGUUCUGUACUGGCAAAGUGUACCUGCUGCUGCUGUGUGACGGUCACGUCUCAACUGCUUGUCAUUGUUUGCACUAAUAACGCUGUACAAAUCCAACUAUUGUUGAUUCAUUGAACUUGUGUUUUUGGAGGCGA